GUCACCCGGAACCUGGAGAUCCGGGAACCUUGACACCCGGACAGGCCGGACCGCGACACAGCGGAAACGAGCCGUUCCGGAAUCUCGACAUGGAGCUGCUGUCAUUCGAGGAUGUGUCCAUUGACUUCUCCCCAGAGGAGCGGGAAUGCCUAGACCCUGCUCGGUGGAAUUUGUAUAGGGGUGUGAUGUUGGAGAAUUACAGGAACCUUGUCUCCCUGGGUCUUGCUGUGUGUAAACCUUACCUGGUCACGUUUCUGGAGCAGAGCAAGGAGCCUUUGAAUGUAAAGAGACAAGAGUCAGGAACCAUAUGUCCAGAGGACCUCUGCAGAUAUAACCAGUCUGGGGAAGACUUUGCUCAGCACUCAGAACUCGCCACCCAUCCACGCCCACCUGUUCAAGAGAAGUCUCAGAAUCGCAAAGAAGGUGGCAAAGCUUUUACUUAUAAUGCAACUUCUAUUAGAAAACGGAGGGCUCCAAAAAGAGAGCAGCUUUACCAAUGUGAAGAAUGUGGCAAAACCUUUAAUAAUAGUUCAAACCUCACCCGACACCAGAUAAUCCACACAGGAGAGAAACCCUACCCUUGCCAAGAGUGUGGCAAAGCCUUCAAUAAUGUUUCAACCCUGACACGGCACCAGAUGAUUCACGCUGCCGAGAAACCCUACAAGUGUACAGUGUGUGACAAGGCCUUUCACUUCUCCUCGUACCUUAACCAACACCAGAGGAUCCACUCGGGAGAAAAACCCUAUAAAUGUCAAGAAUGUGGCAAAGGGUUUUAUUAUCACUCGACCCUGACUAGACACCAGAUAAUCCAUACGGGCGAGAAACCCUAUGAAUGCCAAGAGUGUGACAAAGCCUUCAACAAUAGGUCAACCCUGACUCGGCAUCAGGCGAUUCACGCGGGAGGGAAGCCUUACACGUGUAACGUGUGCGAGAAAGCCUUUCACAGCGCUGCCCACUUUCACCGACACCAGAAAAUCCACUCGGGGGUGACGGCAUAUCGAUGUGAAGAGUGUGGCAAAUCCUUUAGCUAUUCUUCACGCCUUAAUCGGCAUCUGAGAAUCCACGCGCGCGAGAAGCUCUACGUGUGUAAAGAGUGUGGCGAGGCCUUUAGCCGCUCUUCGCACCUUAACCAACACCAGAAUAUUCAUUUUGCAGAGAAACCUUACCGGUGUAAGAAAUGUGGCAGGGCCUUCGCCUGUUCUUCACAGCUAUAUAGGCACCGGGCAAGCCACAGCGCCGAGAAGCCCUACACCUGCCAGGAAUGUGGCAAAGGCUAUCACCGUCCCUCGUCCUUUGAUCUGCACCAGAGACUGCAUACCGGAGCUAGCCUCUACAGAUGUGCAGAGUGUGGCAAGGUCUGUCGCUGCGCUUCACACCUUACCCAACACCGGAGGGCUCACACGGGGGAGAAACCCUACAGCUGCCAAGAAUGCGGCAAAGCUUUUAACUGUUCCUCACACCUUCACCGGCACCGGGUAACUCACACGAGAGAGAAACCCUUCCAGUGUAGAGAGUGCGACAAGGCUUUUAAGGACAGUGCGACACUUUGUCGACACGAGAGGAUUCAUACCGGAGAAAAACCCUAUCAAUGCAAAGAAUGCGGGAAAGCCUUUAAUAACUCCUUUAAGUACCGCUCCAUCCUCUCCCAACACCGCGUCAUUCAUACUGCUGCAAGGCCCUACCAAUGUCAGGAAUGUGGCAAAGCCUUCAAAAGAAGUAGGAACCUCACACAACACCAGAUGACUCAUAAGAGGGAGAAACCAUACAAAUGUGAAGACUGUGGUAAAGCCUUCACUACACAUUCGGUACUUAUUCAACACCAAAUCAGUCACACUGGAGAGAAACCCUACAAAUGUAAAGACUGUGGCAGAUCCUUUAAAUAUAAUUCAACCCUCACUCAGCAUGAAGUCAUUCAUAGUGAAGCAAAGCCCUACAGAUGUCAGGAAUGUGGCAAAGCCUUCAAGAGAAGGCACACCCUUAGUCAACAUCAGAUAAUUCAUAAAGGAGAGAAACCGCACAAGUGUAAGGAAUGUGGCAAGACCUUUAGUAAACAUUCAUCUCUUACCCAACACCAGGUCAUUCACACUGGCGAGAAACCCUAUAAAUGUAACGAAUGUGGGAAAGCCUUCAGAUAUCAGUCAACCCUGACUCGACACCAAAUUGUUCAUACCGGGGCAAAGCCCUACCAAUGUCAGGAAUGUGGCAAAGCCUUCAAUAAUAGCUCAACUCUCAGUCGCCACCAGAGAAUCCACACAGGAGAGAAACCCUACAAAUGUCAAGAGUGUGGCAAAGCCUUUUACUGUUCUUCAUUUUUGAUCCAGCAUAUGAAAAUUCAUUUUGAAGAGAUGCCCUAUAGAUGCAAAGAGUGUGGUAAACCCUUUAGGCUUUCCUCACAGCUGAUUCGACACCAGAGAAUCCAUACUGGAGAGGAACCUUAUCUAUGUAAAGAGUGUGGCAAAACCUUCAAAUACCACUCAAACCUGACUCGACACCAAAUACUUCAUACUGGAGCGAAACCCUACAAAUGUCAGGAAUGUGGCAAAGCCUUCAAUAAUAGCUCAACACUUACCCGACACCAGAUAAUCCACACAGGAGAGAAACCCUACAAAUGUCAAGAGUGUGGCAAAGCCUUUUACUGUUCCUCGUACUUGAUCCAGCAUAUGAAAAUUCAUUUCGAAGAGAUUCCCUAUAGAUGCAAAGAGUGUGGUAAGCCCUUCAAAUGUUCUUCGCAGCUUGUUCGACACCAGAGAAUUCACAGUGGAGAGAAACCCUACAUAUGCAAAGAAUGCGGCAAAGCCUUCAAUUGUACUUCGUACCUUACUAAGCAUCAGAGAAUUCAUACUGGAGAGAAACCCUACGUGUGUAAAGAGUGUGGCAAAGCCUUUAAUUGUUCUUCCUAUCUUUCUAAACACCAGAGAAUUCAUAUUGGUGACAGACUGUAUAAAUGCAGGGAAUGUGGCAAAGCCUACUACUUUUCUUCACAGCUUAACCGACAUCAGAGAAUCCAUACGGGAGAGAAACCCUACAUAUGUCAAGAGUGUGGCAAAGCCUUCAACUGUUCCUCAUAUCUCAAUAAGCAUCAGAGAGUCCAUGUUGUAGAAAAGCCCUAUGUGUGUAAGGAGUGUGGCAAGGCUUUUAACUGUGCUGCAUACCUUACUAAGCACCAGAGGAUUCAUACCGGAGAUAGAGUUUACAGAUGUAAAGAGUGUGGCAAAGCCUAUUACUUUUCCUUCCAGCUCAAUCGGCACCAGAGAAUACAUACCCAAGAGAAAUCCCAUCGCUGUAAGGAGUGUGCCAAAGCCUUUAUUACUUCUUCCAGCCUGAAGCGGCACCAGGAAACUCAUGUUAGCGAAACCCAGCAGUGUAUAGAAUUUGGCAAAGCCUCAAUAGUAAGAAUUUGUCAGUAGGUGUUUCAUAAAGGGGAAACACCCCAUAUAUACAGUUCAGGACUUGAAUAACUGCAGGGUCCCUAGCUCACACCGAAAGGCUCAUAGGUGAGGGAGACACUCCAAGCGUGAAGUGUGCCGAAACCUGUAACAGGUGUGUAGCAGCUACUCUGUACUAAACAGUCCACAGGGGAGAGCAGCUUACAGAUGCCAUAAUAUGGCCUGGCCUUGGGUCUCAGCAGAAAAUUCAUAUCAGAAAGAGCGCUGUCCUAUGUGUAGCCCUCAGAGGAGUCUAGUGCUGUCCUGGAAACCCCCUCACUAAAUAAAAAUAUUAACAAU